AUGCUGCUCGCGGCGAUCAUCGUGGCGCUGGCGACGUGCCAGACGGCACUCGCCGUCUUCGAGUGCAGCUCGACGGAGACGACAGCGUUCGUCAGAAUCGCUCGCGCCCGUCUUGACGGAACUCCUGUCGUCAUCUCCACUGCCGGUCAGCCAUUUUCUUGAAAAGAAAUACAUUUUUCUGGCGCCGAAGAUCAUCAUUCAAAAAUGACAGAUUUCGCAACAAUUUUUCGAAAAGCUUAUAAAAAAAUUAAGAAUAAAAUAAGAAUUACACUUCUUUUUAAUCUUGUAAUUUGUGUUUUUUUCUGCUUUUUUUCAACCGUUCAAAACCUUCCUUGUUUUCCAUUUUUCUAUCAAAUACGUUUUUUUUUUUCAUUUUUUUUUAAACUCAGAAAGAUCCAAAAAAUGUUCCAUCAUCCCUUUCUGUUUCUCCUAUGAAUCACUGGGAAAAUGUGCCUGAGAAAUAAGAAAAAAAUAGGUAACUUUGGCCAAAAAAAGAUAUCGGAUACUGAAGAAUGCGCGCCGAACGAUAGUGCGACCUAGUUCUGCCACAUCCGCUUCGAUUGCCUUUCGUAUUCCAUGAGGCGUAUCAACAAGACAAACAUCCAGAGACAGAAGCUUUCUGUGGAAAAACCACCUGAGAAAGGGCUUUCAGGACACGACUUGACGUGUGCUCAGUACUGCCGCAACAACAUCGAGCCGACUACCGGAGCCCAACGAGUCUGUGCCUCGUUCAACUUCGACGGCCGCGAGACCUGUUACUUCUUCGACGACGCCGCCGUCCCUGCAGGAACCUCGCAGCUGACGGCCAACCCAUCGGCCAACAACUUCUACUACGAGAAGACGUGCAUCCCUGCCGUCACCGCUCACGAAGCCUGCACCUACCGGUAAGGACUAUCUUUUCGCAGAAGGUACACUGUGUUUUGAAGCUCGUUCUCGUUUGAACGCACUCGCAACACUCAGUUGGAAGGCUUCGUCCGCAAAAGUGUGCAGGUCGAAGGUCGUGAGCAGUGUCUGUCGGCCUGUCUCAAGGAGAAAGGAGUUCGUCUGCAAGUCUGCCAACUUCCACUACGCCACCAACCUUUGCGAGCUCUCCGUGGAAGAUCGUCGGUUAGUUUUUUCCCUACAAUCAAUUCCAAUAUGAUCUGUUGAGUGUUGAGUAUUAUGAAACACGCAUGUGCAGUUUUUUUUUGACAUCUAAGAAAUAGCUCAUUUUGAGCGCCGUGAAACAGUUUCAUUUAUUCUGCGUUUCUUUUCUUCUGGCUGAUAUCUCUUGGAAGCAGUAACUUUCAGCUCGAAGCCCACUCAUGUUCGCAUGGCCGAGGGCAUCGAUUACUACGACAACAACUGCCUUUCUCGUGAGUCUUGAGAGUUUUCGAAGUUCGAAAACAUAAUGAAUAGGCCAGAACCGUUGCGGACCAUCUGGAGGAAACCUCGUCUUCGUCAAGACAACAAACUUCGAAAUUCGCUUCUACGACCACACCCAGUCGGUUGAAGCCCAGGAAUCGUACUGUCUGCAGAAGUGCCUCGACUCGUUGAACACAUUCUGUCGGUAAGUCGCCCUUCUAGCGUUUCUAAAUGUUGCAAUCCUCCAAGAUCAUAACCUAAUUCAGAUCUGUCGAAUUCAACCCUAAGGAGAAGAACUGUAUCGUCUCAGACGAAGACACUUUCUCGCGCGCUGAUCAACAAGGCCAAGUCGUCGGAAAGGACUACUACGAGCCGAUCUGCGUGGCUGGUACGCAAUCUCUCUGAUCUAUUUGAUGGGGUCAAAAAUUACCUGCUUCUCUUGUUAAAAUGACAAGGCGGUCAAAAAGGAGGACACACCGGUUGCGGCCCGCAACAACCAGUUUUCUGGGUCAAACGGCGCAAGAUAAGAAAAGGACGACCGGAAUGCGAGUAAAAGGGUGAUCGUACUUCUCUUCCGUGGUGUCACCGCCGUUUGUGUCACAAGAAACGUGUGGAAUAGGAAUCAUUUCAACAAAAGAAAUCCAUUCUUCCCGGAUCGGUUAAUUAACAAUUCAAUUCAAGAAUUCGACCUUUGGAAAACUUUUCAAACAGAGGUAGUGUGUAGAAUUUGAAUUCCUACGAUUUUUUAGAAAACUUUUUUAGGUCAAGAUUAUCUCUUAUAGAUUACCUGGGUUAAUUUUUUUGUUAAAAAUAAAUUAUUCUACAAGUUCAAAAAAGUAGCCGAACCUUAAACCAACAUUGUGCAUCUUUGGAAAAUCAAUAACUCAUAUAUGCGUUUUCACGCCAGAAAUUUCAAUUCAAUCAAAGUUUGAAAGGAAGUUAAGAAAAAAGUUUUCAGCUGACCUUUCUUCCUCGACCUGUCGCCAACAGGCAGCUUUCGAGCGUUUCAUCGGCUCUUCCAUCGAGGGAGAAGUUAGUUCCUUUCCUACCAUUUCUCUUCCGACUGAAAAUAAAGUCGAUAGAUCUGAACAUAGUCGCUGGUUUAUUACUGUUUUAAAUCUAAAGCAAAACUCACCGAUUGGUUUUUUCUUCAUGUAUUGGAUUGUUUCUAUAGCUCGAACGGUAUAGAGUUUGCGGAUUCUGAAUUUUUUUCAAAAAAAUGAACAAUAAUCAAGAUAAAGAAAAUUGAUAAUUAGAAGUCGAAGAAAUGAGUCAAAGUACAGCCUUAUAUGAAAGCUGGUUUUUCCUCUCUUCCAAAUUUGUUCCAACAAAAGAGAACUCUCUUCUCAGGUUGUGGCGUCGGCUCAAGGAGUGACCAUCUCGGACUGCAUUUCCCUUUGCUUCCAAAACCUCAACUGCAAGUCCAUCAACUAUGACAGAACCGCCUCGUCGUGCUUCAUUUAUGCUGUCGGCCGCGCCGACGCCAACAUCAAGGCCGCUCCUUCGAUGGAUUAUUACGAGUUCAACUGCGGUUUGAUCAAUGGCUCCCUUAUCUGAAAAUCUUCUUGUUCUUACAGAAUCGCAGUUUGGUGGAAUGGCUUUGUGCACAAAUGAAGGAAUUCGUUUUAUUGUCAACACCAAGGAGCCGUAUACUGGAGCCAUAUACGCCGCUGAGAGAUUCUCCACCUGCUCUCAGGUAAUUUGUUUUGCAAAAAGCUCUAUUACUCAAAACUAAUAAUCCUUCAGGUGGUUGAGAACGCUAAGCAAAUCUCCAUCACGUUCCCACCGCCCACUGUCACCAGCGACUGCGGAACCGUCAUCAGAGUUGGUAUUUCUAUUUAUCAAUUAGUUGUUCACUGCUAAGAAGCUUCAUUUCCAAAGAUUAAACUUGGAUGGUUGACAGGACGGAAAGAUGGAAGCUCUGGUGGUUGUAUCCUUGGAUGGAGUUCUGCCUCAUCAGGUCACUACCGAAUGGGACCGUUUCUAUCGCGUCUCUUGCGACGUCUCCAUGGACAAGAUGGUCAAGGAAGGCUCCGUCAUCGUCACCACCAUCUACGAGGCUUCGUCGCAAAACACGACCGUCUUGGAUGUCGCCACGCCUCCUCCAGUCACUGCUGAGCUCACGAUCCUGAACCAGCUCGAGGAGCCUCUCCACAAGGUUUUUUAGGUCCAGAGAAAGUAAAAAUAAUGUUAUCCCAGGCGUCCAUCGGUGACCCGCUGCUUCUGGUGAUCACCUCCGAACAGGCUGGACCUCACAACAUGAUGGUGACCGAGUGCACAGCGACGCGCGUCGGAGGCUUCGGCGAUAGCGUCCCUUUCACGCUCAUCGAGAACGGCUGUCCACGAUACCCAGCUCUUGUUGGUCCUGUCGAGCAGGACUUCGACAAGAACCGUCUGAAGAGCGACCUCCGUGCCUUCCGUCUCGAUGGAUCUUAUGACGUCCAGAUCAUCUGCUCUGUCAUGUUCUGCGCCGGUCCCAACGGAUGUCCAGUGGUACGUUGUGAUUAGUUUGAGUUCCUAAAAUUGAGGAUUCAGUCGAACUGCCUGGACUCUGGCACCAACGAGCUGUUCAUGUCUCACGGCCGCAAGAAGCGUUCCGUUUCUGAAGGAGAAACCGAGGAAACUCUCUCGGCCAUCAUUCGCGUCUUCGCCAAGGGAGAGGAAGAAGCUGAGGAGUCCGCGAACCGCACCAUCCACAGGUCCGACUUAGUUAUUCUACUUAGCAUUUGGAUUUCCUUUUUCGGCCUGACGGAAUGAGAAGAAAAAUAAAAACUUGAUCUCCAGGAUGGGCGAGUUCGAGGACCUGGUCUGCCUGUCUGAGGCGUGGUUCGUUUCUUCCGUCGUCUCCGUCUCCGUCGUGUGCCUCCUCCUCUCGGCUCUCAUCGUCGUUUGGGGAUGCCACAAUAUCAAUUCCUCCGCCAACAAGCUCCCAAUGUAA